CUUCGAACUAAAAACCAAUGGAGAACAAGCCGGGGAACGGAAAAAACAUACAGCCCAAGUAUGGGAAUUUUGUUACAAUCCUCAGCAUAGACGGCGGGGGAGUAAGAGGAAUUAUCCCGGGAGUGAUCCUCGCUCAUCUCGAGAAAGAACUUCAGGAACUCGACGGGGAUGAUGCGAGGUUGGCUGACUAUUUCGACGUGAUAGCCGGGACGAGCACUGGAGGACUCAUAACGGCGAUGCUGACAGCGCCUGACGAUAACGGCCGACCAUUAUUUGCGGCCAAGGACAUUGUUCCUUUUUACAAGAAGCAUUGCCCAGAUAUCUUCCCCCAACGCCAAUGGUUUAGUUCGUUGCCGAAGAUCCGGAACGCUUUUUAUCGGCCAAGAUACGACGGAGAGGGUCUUCGCAAUAAGGUAAAGGAUAUUCUCGGAGGGAAAAAGCUCGGCGAUACGCUCACCAACGUUAUCAUACCUACCUUCGACAUCAAGAAAAUGGAACCCACCAUCUUCUCCUCGUACCAGAUGUUGGCUGAUCCGAGUUUGGACGCGGAGUUAUCACACAUAUGCAUUAGCACAUCGGCUGCUCCGAUUUAUUUUCCUCCCCACGAAUUUAAGAAUGAAGACCGUACAGGAAAAGUGACAGAGUUCAACCUCAUUGACGGCGGAGUCACGGCCAAUAACCCGACAUUGUUGGCUAUGACCGCAGUGUCUAAACAGAUAGAGCUGAAGAAUGAGGAUAUGGGGCAUAUGGAUUCAAACUCCAUCCCAUUCCUCGUUAUAUCCAUAGGGACAGGAUCGGCAAAAAAACAAGGGAAGUACAAUGCCUCAACGGCCUCAUACUGGGGAGCCAUCUCUUGGCUCUUCCACCUUGGAUCUUCCCCUUUAUCUGAAUGUUUCUUGGAAUCCAACAGUGCCAUGGUCCAUUACCACAGCUCCGUCAAGUUCCAAGCCUCUAAUUCCCGAAAAAAUUACCUUAGGAUCGAUGACGAUUCACUGGAAGGAGAUGUGAGCUCUACUGACAUAGCUACGAAGGUUAACCUGGAAAACCUGGAGAAGAUCGGAAUUAAUUUGCUGGAAAAGAGAGUCGCCAGAAUGAAUCUCAAAACUGGUGAACCAGUAUCUGGUAAAACUAACUACAAAGGAAAACUCAAAAGGUUCGCCAAAAAGCUUUCGGAGGAAAGGAAGCUCCGGAUGGCUGCUAAGUCUGGGUCAAAGUGAUCAACAUAGAUACAGACAGAGCCCAAGCUUUUGUUCUUUUGGAUUUUGUUUCUCUUUAUGUCUGAAUCUGUUUUCAUCUCUAUCUUUCAUGUUCUUGUCUCUGUGUGUGUGUGUGACGAUCUGUCUUUUGCGCUUUUGUUUUGAACUUUUUUUUUGGGGGUGUG